AUGUUUAUAUUAAUUGUAAGUGCUUUAUUCUUGAUCAUUCAUCAAGGACAAUGUGCCAUGAAAGCAACAGCUACUCUAUAUGCUGAUAAUUCAAUAACGUCUUACGGCAUUUUAACAUUCAAACAAGAGAAUGCUGCUACACCCGUUCGUAUCACUGGUUUACUUUCAGGACUCAAUGCUAGUAGUGCACUUGGUUUUCAUGUUCAUGAAUAUGCAGUCUUAAAAAGUGCGCCUAACUGUAUGGCAGCUGGUGGUCAUUUUAAUCCUUAUAAUACUACUCAUGGUCCUCGUACACCUGAUAUAAGAAAUCGACAUGUUGGAGAUCUUGGAAAUUUAACAACUGAUGCGAGUGGUAAUAUUAAUAUUGAUCUUGAAGAUUCGAUUAUUCAAUUAUAUAAUGCAACACAAUCCAUUAUAAAUCGAACUAUUAUUGUACAUGGAUUUCGUGAUGAUGGUGGUCAAGGAGGAUUUUCAGAUAGUACUACAACCGGAAAUGCUGGUGCUCGAAUUCUUUGCGGUCUUAUUCAAACAUCAAAUGCAUUGAUUAUUAAACCAACUAUGUUCAUACAUUAUAUAGCAAUAAUGAUUGUCAUUAUAAUAUUUUUUUAA